AUGGCUGGUGUCACCAGCAAUGGCGCCGUCGCGCUUGUCGUUGUCGCGCUCCUCUCCCUUGUCGUCCCGUCCGUCCGUUCUGCAGUCGACAACGGCGUCUCCGCCGCUAGAUCCUACAACUCCGGCUGGCUCCCCGCCAAGGCCACCUGGUACGGCCAGCCCAACGGCGCCGGCCCCGACGACAACGGUGGUGCUUGCGGCUUCAAGAACGUGAACCAGUACCCCUUGUCCGCCAUGACUUCGUGCGGCAACGAGCCCCUCUUCCAGGGUGGCGCUGGCUGCGGCACCUGCUACCAGAUACGGUGCACGAGAACCAACAACCCUGCGUGCUCCAGCCAGACAAAGACGGUGGUGAUCACCGACAUGAACUACUACCCCGUGGCCAAGUACCACUUCGACCUCAGCGGCACGGCGUUCGGCGCGCUGGCGAUGCCGGGCCAGAACGACCAGCUCCGGCACGCGGGCAUCAUUGACAUGCAGUUCAGGAGGGUGCCCUGCAACUUCGCCGGCAUGAAGCUGGGCUUCUACGUCCUGCGUGGCGCCAACCCCAACUACCUCCCGGUGCUGGUGCAGUAUGCCAACCGGGACGGCACCGUCGUGAAGAUGGACCUCAUGCGCUCCACGAACGGCCGCCCCACAGGGCGAUGGGAGCCCAUGUACCGCUCCUGGGGCUCUGUCUGGCGGUGCGACUCCAGGGACGCGCUGCUGGGGCCGCUCUCGCUGCGCGUCACCAGCGAGUCCGGCAAGACGCUUGUCGCCAACAAUGUCAUCCCCAAUGGCUGGAAGGGCGACACCAGCUACUCGUCCAACAUCCAGUUCUCUUGA